ACACUUGUAUAUAGUCGAUUAGGAGCAGGAUCUUCCUUUCUGGUCAGAGCUGUAGCGCAAGACGCUAACAUCCUUUUGGCAUAAUGAGUCUAAAAUAUCUCCCAGAGAACUGUGAAUUGGGUAUGGUGAUCUUCUUUGUAUUUAACAGCUCCUGUCUCUGGGCUCCACGACCCAAAGUUAGACAUUAGGACACACCUUUUGGUACUAUGCUUCUGGUAAUUCACUGGUUGGAGCCGCUGUGACUGGUCCUAAAGAUCUCAAUUCUGGAGCAAAAGCGCCAACCAUGACGCCUGGCAAGGAAAGGGAAGCACUAUAUGAGGAUACCUCUGGGGAUGGCGUUAACACCAUUUAUAGCAACCCAGUGACGCCACAGCUUAUGGACUCUGCAGAUCAAUUUACCACCUAUUUUGAUCAGAAAGUACCUAUACCAGAAGAUGAAAAGCACUCAUGGUUCAGUUUUCGGAAACUGUGGGCCUUCACCGGACCAGGUUUUCUGAUGAGCAUUGCCUAUCUGGAUCCAGGUAACAUCGAAUCAGAUCUGCAAUCUGGGGCUGUUGCAGGGUUUAAGCUGCUCUGGGUUCUCUUGUUGGCUACUGUCAUUGGUUUGCUGUUACAGCGUCUGGCAGCAAGGCUGGGUGUGGUAACAGGACUUCAUCUGGCAGAAGUAUGCAAUCGACAAUACCCCAAGGUUCCCCGACUUAUCUUGUGGCUGAUGGUGGAGCUGGCUAUCAUCGGAUCCGAUAUGCAGGAAGUCAUUGGCUCAGCAAUUGCCAUUAACCUCUUGUCUGUUGGGAGAGUCCCUUUGUGGGGAGGAGUGCUCAUAACAAUAGCUGAUACCUUUGUGUUUCUCUUCCUGGACAAGUAUGGCUUGAGGAAACUGGAAGCACUUUUUGGCCUCCUCAUUACUAUUAUGGCCAUCACGUUUGGAUAUGAGUAUAUAACCGUAAAGCCAAACCAGGGCCAGCUGCUGAAAGGGAUGUUUAUGCCUUAUUGUGAGGGCUGUGGGCCUGCCCAGCUAGAGCAAGCUGUUGGGAUCGUAGGUGCUGUCAUCAUGCCUCACAACAUGUACCUGCAUUCUGCUUUGGUCAAGUCUCGACAGGUGAACCGGGCCAAAAAGAAGGAAAUUACUGAGGCCAACAAGUAUUUCUUCAUUGAGUCCUGCAUUGCCCUCUUUGUCUCUUUCAUCAUCAAUGUCUUUGUUGUUUCGGUCUUUGCAGAAGCUUUUUAUAAAAAGACAAACCAAGAAGUGCAUGACAUCUGUACAAAUAAAAGCUUUGCUCAAGCUGCGCUGUUUCAAUCAAAUAAUGACACCCUGGAUGUGGAUAUCUAUAAAGGGGGAGUAAUUCUAGGUUGUUACUUUGGCCCUGCUGCUCUCUACAUCUGGGCUAUUGGCAUUCUUGCUGCAGGACAGAGUUCAACAAUGACAGGAACUUAUUCUGGACAGUUCGUGAUGGAGGGAUUCCUCAAUCUGAAGUGGUCGCGGUUUGCUCGCGUGGUUCUAACCCGCUCCAUUGCCAUUACUCCAACUCUUCUGGUUGCCAUUUUCAAAGAUGUGGAACACCUGACUGGCAUGAAUGACUUCCUCAAUGUUCUCAUGAGUUUACAGCUACCUUUUGCUUUAAUCCCAGUGCUCACGUUCACUAGUCUGCGCCCAGUGAUGAAUGACUUUGCCAAUGGCCUGGGCUGGAAAAUUGCUGGGGGAAUUCUCAUUGUGAUCAUCUGCGGCAUUAACAUGUACUUUGUGGUGAUCUAUGUAACCGCCCUGGGACAAACAGUGUUGUAUAUAUGUGCUUCAAUUAUCAGCAUUCUCUACUUAGCCUUCGUGGCAUACCUGAGUUGGCAGUGCUUAAUUGCUCUCGGGGUUUCCUUCCUGGCUUGUGGGCACACGUAUCAUCUGGGACUUACUUCUCAUCCUGAACUCUUUCUUCUGAACAAUGUUGAUGCUGCCUCCAUCAUGAAUAGAUGAAAUCCUCUGAACCACCGUCAACCGAGCAUAAUUUUAUUUGAAACACCCUUCUGUGCUGCACAAAACCAAAUUUUGAUUGGUUCUGAAAUGAGCGGGUACAAGUCAAGAAUUGUUAAUGGAGACAGAGCUUUCCCUUGCAAGAAGAAGCAGGGAAGGGAAUCAAAUUAUGAGGAAUCAUCUGCUACAGUAGAAAACAGACCUCUCUAGAGGUUGUACAUGAGGUCAACUAUGAAGUUUAUUAAAGGACUGUUGACAAAGUUAUAACACAUCUUGCAUCGCGAGUGAGAAAAAUGGUUCUGACUAAUUGACAGGCACCUGCCAAAUGCAGGAGGCAACAAAAAGCUGAAGAGCUAUGAAUGAAAUAAGGGUGCUGAACUUGAUAUCUUUUUUUUUGCACAACUUCUCAGUUCAUUAAGUCGCAGGGAAAGUGGCUGGGAGAGAAGCUUUACACUGGAGAGAGUCGCAAAUAAAGGGAGAGUUUGGUACCCUCUUCCCACUUUUCCACUCAGAAAUUCUACCUGCUUUAUGGAUAUGAAUAAGUACAUAUUUGUAAGUAAAAGUUCUGAUAGGGAGACUCCCACUUGAUGCAAAAUACCAUUAAUCUGCUUCAGAAGGAUUCACAAUUCUCUCCCAUCCUCCAAUUUCUGGAAUACUGAUGGACAGUGUUCAAGAAAUCAGGCAAUAUCCUGCAGUUAAUGCAAGUGGAAAAUUGAAAAGAACUUUCUGAAACUCUGAAUGGACAUAAUCAACCAGGGAGAGUAUCUGCACAAGCCCUGAUUAUACACUGUGUUCAGUUUUGAAUGACGGCAUAGAAGCCAUUGAAUUAAAGAUGAAUGAACAGAAGGUGGAGUAAGAGCACACCUUCAAGUCCUUUAAGUUUAGACAGAAGAAUUUUGGGGUAGAUUUCCUACCCUAUUCCAAUGCUUGUUCCUAAGUAUUUCAUCCCCUCUUUCUUUCAUAUGGCAUAUUCCUGUGCUUUGCAUCCGUGAAAGGCCUAUGUUCAUGUAGCCCUUUGGUUCUCUGAAGAUGUUUGUUUUCAUUUGAUGGUUGAGCUUUUUUGUUUCUUUCAUGCAAGUCUAACUCAAUCUGGAGCUAGACUAAAAAGCAGGCUAUUCACUUUGGUGUGGUUAGACUGCAGAUUCUGCUUAGAGCAAAAUCAUUCUGAAUUGUCACUGUUUUCCUAACUGGGCCAUUGAUCCUUCUCUCCAGAAAUGGAUGGGAGCUGUAGGACCAUGGAAUCUAAGGAAAAACAGGGAAACAUUUUGACUAAGGUCAAAUAAACCCAACUGCCAUGGUUUCCUCUCAAGAAAGUUGAGUACUGUGUAGAAGACAAUAGGGAAAGGUAAAUCCCAAGGAAGUCCGCUGUAGAGCCUUUUCUUAAUCACUGGUGGAAAACUCCAGCCCUGUGAUGGCCCCACAACUGUGGCUGUCCCACUAGUAAUGUAAGGUCAGGCCAAAUGGGUCAGGGAAGCUUUGGAUGGCCAAGGUACAUCCUGCCUCCAUAUAUUAGAGUUACCUGGAUGUGCUGUUUGACUUUGGAAAAUCUAAUGUUGACAUAGGUCUUAAAACAAAUAGGCCAACAACAGCCCCCCAUUCUUUAACCACAACAGUGAGUUGUCCUUUUGCAAACAGCCUAUGUAUGCAAUUUGGAGCACAUUUGUCUUGCUCAGCAAUAAAAUGGGACCAGCUUCUAAGACCAGCCGCAAGGCUAUUGCCAAGACUUUGCUCUCUGACUCAGACUGAAGACCGUAAGUGUGUUAAAAAUCACAUGAUAUUCACAUGCUCAAACUGGGGUCUGAGUUUCUUAGUAGACCUGGACGCACCAGGUACAUUUGAGCUCUAUGUUGAUGGUGCUAUCAGAAUGAUCACACAGCAAUGAAAAUGAUUCAGGAUGCUCUAAAUAUUUGUAACUGGGUAAUAAAAUACUACGUGGUGUCAAUUUUUUUUUAAAAAAGUUUGAUGUUACAAAAUCUAUUUUCCUUUUUGCUAUUUUUGUUUGACGUUUGGUACUAAUUUACUUGAAAUGUAUGGGUCAGUCAUUUUUGUUUAUCUAAAUGGAAGUCCAGAUCUUCCAAUAAAUAUCAACUACCUA